CAAAAAUUUGCGAAAAUUUGCCAGAGUUUCCGCGUACCGGCUGGGUGCUUUUAGCAGGAGUAAACGAGGCGAUUCCAACUGCUGCAUAUUGAUAGGGCAGUCAGCCGAUGUGUCAAUGUUAAUCGCGCUCUUCGCGCUUGCACACUUGUCAAUCUUUCGUAAGACGCCGCCCCCAGCCUCCUCCCCCCCGCCGCCGUUUGUCUCCCGGUCGCCUAGGUGUGGCAGAGCUAGAUCCGCGUACCAUCCAUCGCCAGCAGACGCCCGCAUCCGUGUUCCGGCCAUCGACGCAGCACCCGGAAUGAGCAACACCGCCGACCAGGACAAGCCCAUCGCCGCCAACGGCAAUGCGGUGGAGACACAAGAUGUGGAAAUCAUCAACUUCCAGCCGCAGGAGAAGCAGUGUUGCCGUGUCAUCAAGACCAAUAAGACCAAGGUCCUCACCUCCGGCGGCGUCCACACGCGCGGCUCCUCCAAAGUGAAGCUAAAGAACAUCGUGGACUACAAGUGGGAGCGCAAGUACUACUAUCCCGGUCACCUGGUGGCCGUCCACCGCGAUGGCAAGCACUUGGCCUACGCUAUUAAUGUUAACAACAAAGCCACUGGCAUGGAGGGCAUGGUGCGAGUCUGCAACAUCGCCAGCAGCAUGCGCGCCCUGAUCAAGGGGAUGAGCGGCGAGGUCUUAGAUUUGCAGUUCGCCCACACCGACCGUGAGCGCAUUCUGGCUGUAAUUGACGUCAGCUCGCUGUUUGUCUACAAAGUCGAUCAGAUUGAAGGCAAUCUGCUGUGCAAUCUUGUGCUAAAGGUGGAGGACCCGAUUGCCAAGUAUGUGCCGGAGUACGACAUGGUCUCGUGGUGUCCAUAUGUCUGCAGCAGCAACUCCAAUGUUCCGAUCAACGAAGAGGACGAUGAAAACCAACUGCUCAUUUGGUCGCGAAGCUCACAGUUCCAGUGCUUCCAAGUCAAGAUGAUUGUCUCUGAGCAUGGGCGUGGCAAAAUUCAACCAGCUGCCCUGGAAACUGGGUAUCUGAAGAUCGAGGAGGACUCGUUAAUCACCUGCGCCGCUCUUUCGCCGGAUGGCACAACUGUGGCCGCAGCCUGCGCCGAUGGCUUGGUCCGAUUUUACCAAAUUUAUUUGUUCGAUGUGCGCAACCAUCGUUGUCUGCAUGAGUGGAAGCCACAUGAUGGCAAAAAGGUCUGCUCACUCUUUUUCCUGGACAAUAUCAACAAGCCUGUUGAAGACUCCUACUGGCAGCACGUGAUCACUACUAGCGAUGCCAAUACCGAAAUCAAGUUGUGGAACUGCUCGCUGUGGGAAUGCCUGCAGACUAUCAACUUAGUGGCAAGCAGCCCGACAUCAGGACAACCAGGAAACUUCAUUGCGGGAAUAGAUCGGAGUGCUAACUAUUUGGUGCUGUCCUGCUUAGAUUCUCUAGCUGUCUAUGUAAUGCAAAUUGGAAACAUUGCGAACGAAGAGUCCAGAGAUAAAGGCAGUGACAGCGAAGAAGACGGAAGCGACUCCUCCAAAAGGAUUCAGAACGUUGCUGAGUUCAAGCUUAGCUCAGGCAUUCUAUCUUUCUCUAUUGUAAACGCUUGCAUGCGUCGAGUAAAAAGCUCCAUCGAGAGCUACUAUCCUAUUGAGGAGCCCGAUGACUUCGACGACGAUAGCAAUUCCACUAGUGCGCUUGUGCUGCACAUGUUUGUGGUGCAAGCAAAGAGCCUCCAGGAAUGUCAAAUCAUUUACCAGCCGUGCGUGGCUGAAAAACAGGAGCGCCGCAGCCUGAGCAGCAAGCGAUCCGAAACCCCGGAGGACCAUCUGCUAAUCAAACAAGAGCCUGAGUCUCCAAACACCGGAUCUGCCGGUACUGUUCAACUAGAUGCCUUGUUUGCCAAGUCCGCAAAGAGAUCUUCAACGGGCAGCUCAUCGGCCAUAGUGGCUGUGGCGGCUGCAGCAGCAGCUGCUCCUUCCGCCAUCAUGCAGGAAGCCACCAAGGAGGCCACCAAGUCCGAGUCCCCGCCGCUAAGCAACGCCUAUCCGCAGCAGGUGAAUCUCAUGACCCCAGACGCCUUUAGUGCAAGCGGAACCUCUACAGCAACAGCUGUGGUUGUAGCCACUAGCACCACGACUUCCACAGGAACUGAUAGCUCUGCAGCUGACGUCGGAAAUGAUAGAACCAUUGAUUCUGCCGUGCUGCAAACCCUGCGCAUGCUGGCCACGGUUACAUCUAAAACUACCGAAACCCCCAAUGCAGAUGUUCUUAUCAAUCUUAUGAACAACACGCUUAUCGAGGACCGGGAGCAGCAAAAACUCAAGGAAAAGCUCGAUGCUCGUAAGAAGUUUAUUGCUAUUGAUCGAAAUCCGGAGCGUAAUGUGGCGGAGAACUUGGCCAGCGGCGGUUCGAGUCCUAGUCGCGAGGUGCAGGAGAUAAUGGCCACUCAGGAAGAUGCCGAUGCCUAUGAAGCGGAGCUAGAUAAUCUGGACGACGAUGAUGACGAUGAGGAAGAAGAGCUGGCAAAUUCAUCGCCACUGUUGGAAGCCGUGGAUGGAACCUGGCCAAUCGUAAAGCUGCAAUCCCUCACCAACUCGGCUGAGCUGCAGAAUGCUGCCCAGAUUAUGUCCCAGGCGGUCCAGAACACCAACAAUGGUAACGUGCCACCAACGCUUGGUGGCGGUAACAACAAUAACACUAGUGUCGACAGCAACAGCAACAAUAAUACAGCCACAACGCUGAAUACGAGCAAUAGCAGCAGCAACGAUAAUGCGGGCGGAGCAGGCAAUGGCUCGAGUGGAAAUGGAGAGCUGAAUGCCAAGAUGGAACUUCUGCUUGACUUGGUUAAAGCUCAAUCUAAGCAAUUGAAUAAAUUGGAGAAUGAAGUCAUCAAACUACAAAAACAACAAGAAGCGGUGGUGGCCCAGCACAGCAAACAAGAUGCCUCCCUGGAGCCAAAGAAUGUAAGUCAGCUGGCCUAUAAGAUCGAGAUGCAGCUGUCCAAGCUAAUGGAGCAGUACCUUAAGCGCUACGAAAACGAACAUAAAAAGAAACUGACCGAAUUCCUGGCGGCACGUGAGAGUCAAAAUCGCGAACUGCGCGACUCCGUACUGCAGGUACUGAACCAGUACGUCAUGAACCACUUUACGGACAUCAUUGGUAACGUCCUCAACAUGGAACUUCAGCGACAACUACUCCCGCGGGUGAAUGCAAAGAUGGAUCAGCUCCAAGCCCAAAUGCAAGUGGAGAUCGUCCAGAAAUUGGGCGUCUUUGACAAGGCGGUAAAAGAGAACAUUGCCCAGGUGUGCAAGAGCAAGCAAUUUCUGGACACUUUUGGCAAGUCCGUAUUGGUUGGUGUCCAAGCCAGCCUUCAAACCGCAUUUAUUGAAUCCAUGAGCAGCACCUUGAUUCCAGCUUAUGAGAAGUCCUCGCAGAAUAUGUUUAAACAACUGCACGACGCCUUCAGUGUGGGCAUAAAAGAUUUCAUGGUCCAGUUCAAUACCUACCUGCAGCACAUGCCCCAGCCCCAAGCAGUGGGUGCGAACUCCGAGGAGCUGAACAACAAGCUUACCAUGCUAAAGCAGCUGGUCGAGAGCAGCCUGCAUAAGCACCGCACUGAGCUCACGGACGCCAUGCUCGAGACGCAAAGAGAGGUGAAGAGCUUGGAGAUUUUGCUGGCGCGUCAGGUCCAGGAAACAAUCAGAGCAGAGCUGCGCAAGCACAUGGAGUCCCAGAGCAUGGCCAUGCGUUCGCAGGCAGCUACCCCGGCACCACCAUACGACCUCAGGGACAGCAUCAAGCAACUUUUGCUCGCUGGACAAAUCAACAAGGCCUUCCAUCAGGCUCUGCUCGCCAACGACUUGAGCCUAGUGGAGUUUACACUCCGCCACACGGACAGCAAUCAGGCAUUCGCUCCAGAGGGAUGCAGGCUGGAACAGAAAGUUCUGCUGUCGCUCAUUCAGCAGAUAUCCGCUGACAUGACCAAUCACAAUGAACUUAAGCAGAGAUACCUUAACGAGGCGCUGUUGGCCAUCAACAUGGCAGAUCCCAUUACCCGUGAGCACGCUCCCAAAGUGCUCUCGGAGCUGUAUCGCAAUUGCCAGCAGUUCAUUAAGAACAGCCCUAAGAACUCGCAAUUCAGCAACGUCCGCCUGCUGAUGAAGGCAAUCAUAACGUACCGCGACCAGUUGAAAUGAUAUCAAGAGAACUACAACCUGGCCAGCGGCUGGUACUAAUUACCCAACCGACCCUGUCCCGGCACCGAUCCCCAUCCAAGAUAGUUAAUCUAGGACCACAUACACAUUAAUACAUAAACGCUUGUAGUUAAGUCCAUGCAGUUCAUCCCUGCUAAAAAAACUCAGCCAAGUUGAUCCCUCAAAGAGUUGAAAUUUAAUCUAUGCCUUUCAUUUUAUUGUUUAUUUGUUUUGUGCGUGUUUGUUUUAAGUAAGGCUUUAUAUAUAAUGUUCUGUCGCUAUCGAAAUGUAUUAUCAUAGAAAGAUUCGCCUAAAUUGCAAUAUUGUUUUUUUAUAAUUUAAUUUGUACACUGACCUGCGAGCAGCUCCUCAGUGUUGCUUUUUAGUUUUGUUUCUUUAACCUUUCCUUUUAUAAUUAUGACGCUUACUGAACAAAAGAAAACGAAAAACACUAGAAACGGAGGUGUAGAAACUAAUUUAAAAAAGAUUUUCAAAACAAAUAACACUUUUGAUUUUGACGAACAACACAAACACAAAAAUAUGAUUGCAAACGCAAAUACUACAAGUAAAUCGUAGAUAUUAAGCUAAGAAAUUAAAAAAAAAAAACGAAAGUUUAUAAUUUAAAAGAAUAAAUGUAUGUACUUGAAAAAAUCGAAAAA